UAUUAUAACCAACAGCAUGAAGGUCCAAGCAUUAUUUGCAUUUGUACUGGCCAUAUUGGCGCUUGUCGUUGCUCGACCAAAUUCUGUUCCUGUGGCGGUUAAUGGAGGUGGAGGUGGCCCUUGGUUUGGUGGUGGCGGCGGAGGUGGAGGUGGCGGAGGCGGCGGUGGAGGGGGUGGUGGAAAGUGAACUCUUCUUUCUACCAAAUGUCAUUUUUAUACCAACGUGACUUUAUUUGAAAU